ACAGGCAGAAUUUCGAAACCCUAGGGUCUGUGGCCCAGACCAUGAAGUCAUCCACGUCGGUUAGAGCUAUUGGCCGGAGAAUCAGAUCGGAGAAGUCCCGAGGACCUGAUUUUUCCGCCAUUAACAGCCUGGACGAGCUUUGAGGAGGGGGUGAAGUGAAAUUCUUGUCGAUUAGCGAUAUCCGGUUUGGUCUGGUUUCGUUUGCCAUCGUUCUGCUGUUUCGUCAUACGGACAGAAAACAAACAAUCCGCGACGCGGAAAGUCAGGGCGGAAUUGGAUUUCAUCUGAAUUAUGUCCAGCUCGCUGCGGCGCGAUCCCGAAUCCGAAGCUCUUUUGGAUUCCAGAUAUCGGAAGGGGGAUGUAUCGAUAACCAAUUUGGAUGAAGAUGUUUCCUUAUCCAAUAGAAAUGUUCCCCGCAAGAGAAAAUGUUCUAUCAACUCCAUAAAAUGCUUUGGAGUGGAAUUAACUCCCGACAACAUUGCCGUUGCUAUGGUAUAUUUUGUACAAGGUGUUCUAGGCCUCUCCCGGCUUGCGGUCAGUUUCUACUUGAAAGAUGAUCUGCAUUUAGAACCUGCAGAGACAGCCAUCAUAUCCGGUGUAUCGACAUUACCUUGGCUUGUCAAACCCCUCUAUGGAUUCAUCAGUGAUUCCAUCCCACUAUUUGGCUAUCGUAGAAGGUCGUAUUUGGUUAUGUCGGGACUUCUAGGAGCCUUAUCUUGGAGUUUGAUGGCAACCUUUGUUAACAGCAAAUAUGGUGUUGCUUUCUGCAUUUUUCUUGGAUCUCUUUCUGUAGCAUUCUCCGAUGUAGUUGUCGACUCCAUGGUUGUUGAGAGAGCUCGCGGCGAAUCACAAAGCAUGUCGGGAUCACUUCAGUCCUUAUGCUGGGGUUCCUCGGCUUUUGGCGGGAUUGUUAGUUCCUACUUUAGCGGCUCCUUGGUUGGUGCUUACGGUGUUAGGUUUGUCUUCGGAUUAACUGCUUUACUCCCCUUAAUAACAUCUGCAGUCGCAGUCCUUGUGAAAGAGCAACGAGUUGUCAAUCUACCGAGGGUGCAGAAUACUUUGUUAAACGAUACGAGCUUUGUAGCAAGCUCGAAGUAUAGUGUAAUGCAGUUAUGGGAUGCUGUGAAGCAACCAAAUGUUUUUCUUCCGACCAUAUUUAUUUUCCUGUGGCAAGCGACGCCGCAGUCUGAUUCUGCCAUGUUUUACUUCACUACGAACAAACUUGGAUUUACACCUGAAUUUCUAGGUCGCGUGAAGCUCGUCACAUCAAUUGCAUCGCUUCUCGGUGUCGGACUUUACAACGGUUUUUUGAAAAGUGUUCCUUUGAGGAAGAUAUUUCUUGCGACUACAGUUAUCGGUUCUGCUCUCGGGAUGACUCAAGUUCUUCUCGUCACCGGAGUAAACCGGAAUUUAGGCAUCAGCGACGAGUGGUUUGCUAUCGGCGAUUCGUUGGUAAUAACCGUUCUCGGACAGGUAUCCUUCAUGCCGGUUCUUGUAUUAGCCGCGAAAUUAUGCCCGGAGGGCAUGGAGGCGACGCUUUUUGCGACGCUAAUGUCCAUAUCGAACGGCGGGAGCGUCGUCGGGGGUCUUAUAGGCGCGGGACUAACUCAGCUCUUCGGAAUCACCAAGGAUCGAUUUGACUACCUAACGUCACUUAUUAUUCUAUGCAAUCUCAGUUCGCUGUUACCACUCCCGCUCCUGGGCCUCCUCCCCGACGACGCCGUAGACGCCAAAUCGGAGAAAAUCGACGACGACGACAUUGAAAUGAAAUCUAAUUGAAUCUUGCUCGUCGCCGCUAUCACCAUGAUGACGACAACGACGUGCUUUGUGUUGAUAGAUCGAAUGGUCAGACGGAGCUUAUCGUUAUUGGUUUUUAUCGGUUUGUUCGAUGUUUGACGGCAACGAAAACCCGGACCCGAGAGUGUUGUAAUGCUGGAAAAUUGGCUGGAAAUUGACAUGGGAGGUGCUCCUUGUGCAGUUACAGGUACAGCUUCUUCUUCUUCUUCUUCGUAAGUUUUGAACAGCAAAAUUAGAAUUAGGACAGCUACCAACAAUGAUAUGUCUCGUUUAUGGCCAAGGGAAGAGUCCGAAUCUAUUGCUGUGUGUUUUUUUGACAAUUUUUUUUUUUUUUUAAAAAAAAUGCUUUGUUAUUAAGUAAAUUUAAAAAAAUUA